UAACCUGGUCAAGAUCCCUCGGUGGCCCACCUCUAGUCAAGUACCGCCACCAUGCCCAAUACAUUGCUUGCCACACUCAUUUACUUACUUGGCCGGAGUUCCAUGUGGAAGCAUUGCAUCAGCUUCUUCCUAAUUCAGGGGAAUUUGCAACGGUUAGGUUUUGUUGCACGAUUUGCAAAAUCGAUCGUGAUGGUACCUGCAGGUUAUGGCGGCGUCUCCGAGUUUCCUUUCCUUAAGUUCGCGGUGGCGGUGCUUGGAGUGUACUUCGUUGCGGUGCUUAUUCGCGGAGCGAGCAGGAAAUUGCCUCCGGGACCGGUUGGUUUUCCCAUCAUAGGCUCAGUCCAUUUGCUCGGCCCCAGAAGUCAUGUCAGUCUCGCACAGCUUGCGAGGAAGUAUGGCGCGCCGUUGAUGUCGCUGUACUUGGGUCAGAAGCUGUUUGUCGUGGCGUCGUCAGCUGAAGCUGCGAUGGAGGUUCUUAAAAAGCAGGAUGCGGUGUUCUGCUCGCGACCGCCACUUAGAGGAUUCAAAGUGAUCUUUCCUCACGACGUGACGUUCGCGGAUCUUACUCCUGAAUCGAACUACCUAAGGAAGUUUAUUCGGUUGCAUCUGACAACCGCGAGGAGUAUUGAAGCCUUCCAGCAUAUUCGAGUUGAUGAGAUGCUACAGAUGGUGCGAUCUAUUGUUGCGUCUCCUAGAGAUGUGGUCGUGAACCUGAGGACAAGCCUGGAGGUGAUGACGGCUAAUGUUCUCACUCGUUCGAUUAUUGGGAAACGGUUCAUGGGUCGGACGGGGUUAAGUGAAUCCGAAAAGAAGGAGAUCAUGGAAUUUAUUCACAUCGCUGCAGAGAUAGGCGAGUGCUUGGGUGCAAAGAAUCCUGGAGACCUCAUCCCCGCCCUCAAACUGGUCGAUUGGAAUGGACUGGACCAGCGUAUGAAAAAUCUCCGACGUAAGAUGGCAACGUUUCUCGCAAACAUUGUCAGGGAACGACGUGAGAAGAGUUCAUUGGGGACGUCAAACCCGCCCGGCAAGGAGAUGCUUGGUGUGCUCUUGGAUGAAAUGGAAAAUGCUGCUGCCGGAGAAAAAAUCACCGAGGACAUUCUAAAUACCAUCAUCUGGGAAUCUUUUACAGCCGGAAUGGAGACAACUGUUCUAGCAACCGACUGGACCUUGGCGGAGGUUCUCCGCAAUCCGGAAGUAUUACAGAAAUGUCAAGCAGAACUCGACGCAGUGGUAGGACGGAACCGAAGAGCCCAAGAAUCAGACAUCCCAGACCUGCACUACAUCAAGGCGGUUGUGAAGGAAUCAUUUCGGCUACAUCCCGUGAUCCCCCUGCUCAUACCGCAUUAUUCGCAUGACCCAAUUAAGGUCUUGGGGUACGACAUCCCCGCCCACACACAGCUCUUAAUCAACGUGUGGGCGAUCGGAAGGGACCCCAAGGUAUGGGCUGACCCACUCAAGUUUCAUCCGGAGCGUUUCCUAGAAGGGCCACAUCGCGAGACUGAAAUGUUCGGCAAGAGCUUUAAUCUCUUGCCGUUCGGAUCAGGCCGCCGGGCAUGCAUGGGCAUAACGUUAGGCACACUCCUGGUGGAAGCCAGCGUCGUUGUCCUUCUCCACUCUUUCGAUUGGAUUCUGCCAGCAGAGGGUAUUGAUAUGACCGAAGGACAGGGCCUCUCGGUCCGUAAGAAUGUUCCGGCGUGCGCGUUUGCCACUCCUCGACUGCCACCCCACGUCUACGCCGAAUGAAGUUUGAAAAGGCCCGCUACGACACAAAGUUUCUAUUGAAGUCUUAACACAUUCACUCACAGAAACACAGAUUGUGACUACUAUUACUGUGCAAAUGUACUUGAUUCAUUUAUGCAGAAGCUGCCUUCUCGUCACAGCAGCACUACUAGCUGAACUCUAGGCUAGCGGGAUCACAAGCUUGAUGUAAAGAAUAAUUACUCUAAACUGUACAAUAGCCAAUGUAUCGGUAAUUAUGAUUUACACUCGAAUGUAGUGAGUUGAAUGAACGCAUUUAUCCAACACUCCGGCUUGUUCAAUUCAACUUUCUACGUCCGAAUGUUAUUGAUCAUAUCCUACACUCAGUCGUUGUGGAAAGUGGUAAUACCGAGUGUAGUGCGUAGUUGGACAAAGUGAUGGAGGAAGUGCUUUUGUAAGAAUAUGAGCGACUUGGUCACGAAUCAAAACGUAGUGAAAAUCAAUUUGUCGUGUCUCUUACAGCUUGCGAAUGAAAACAUACUUGAUGUCAAUA